AUGUACCUCCUCGCCCUCCCAACAACCCUCACCCUCCUCGCCCUCACCACCGCCACCGCCCUCCCCUCCCCAUCAACCGCCAAAACUCCCCUUCCGCUCCUCAUCUGGCAUGGCCUAGGCGACCGCCACGAUGCCGAGGGCCUCCAUUCCGUCGGGGAUCUGGCCAAGGAGAUUUAUCCCGGAACACACGUGCAUUAUAUCCGACUCGACGAGAAUGGGGACAACGAUCGGAAGGAGACGUUUUUCGGGAAUGUGAGCGAGCAGAUUGGGAGGGUUUGUGAGGGGAUCCAAAACGAUGAGGAAUUGUGGAAGGCGUCGCUUGCGGCGGCUGGUGGUGGCAAGAAGGGGGACGAGUUGAUCGUGGACGCGAUAGGAUUCUCGCAGGGCGGACAAUUCCUACGGGGAUUAUUACAGCGCUGCGAGGGGUUGUCGUUCAGGACUUUGAUCACCUUCGGCAGCCAACACAACGGCAUCGCGGCGAUCAAAGCCUGCGGGACAUGGGAUCUGCUGUGCAAAGGCGCGCUGGCGCUCAUGAAGAACAAUGCCUGGACGGAGUAUGUUCAGUCACAUGUGGUGCCGGCGCAGUAUUACCGGACGGUGAACGUGAGCACGGGGGAGGCGAGCGGGGAGUAUCUCGCCCACAGCAGUUUCCUCGCGGACGUGAACAACGAGCGAGACGUCAAGAAUCAAACCUACAAAGAGCGGUUGGUGGAGGGGUUGAAGGGGAAAUAUGUCAUGUACGUCUUCGAGGAGGAUACGACCGUCAUUCCGAAGGAGACUGGGUGGUUUGAUGAAGUGCUGUUCAAUAAAACGAAAGAUGGAGAUGACGAUGAAGAGAGGAUCGUGGUUCCUUUGAGGGAGAGGAGGAUGUACAAGGAGGAUUGGUUGGGGUUGAAGGUGCUGGAUGAGAGGGGGGCGUUGGUUUUCAGGAGUCAUCCGGGGGAUCAUAUGCAGUUGGAUGAGGAGGUUUUGAAGGGGGCUUUUGAGGAGUUUCUUGGUCCGCUUGAUAAGGGCGAGGAGGUGGAGGUGGAGGAGGAUGGGGAUUUGGAUGGGGAUGUGGAUGAGUUGGUGGAGGGACAGAAUGGAGAGAAGGUCAUCUUUGAUUGUACACGAUAUCGACCGAGUUACUUGGAGGGUUGGUGUUGGGAGAUUACGCACGCGUGGGAGAACUGGGGUGGGCCGUGGAGAUCAGAGAGGGUGUGGAAGCAGGGAUUAUGA